CCCCGCCCCGCCCGGCAGGGGGCUGCGGUGCCCCGGGGCCGGGGGCCGCGCCGGGCUGGCAGCCGCACAAAGCCGCGCUCGCUCUGCGCUCACGUGCCCGCCGCCGCCCCGCUCCCGGCGCCCCUAGGCCGGGCCGAGCCCUGCGCACCCCGGGCUUGCACCGCGCGCCGCAGCCUGCCCAGCCCGGGUCCCGGCGGCUGAGGAUGGAGCAACCGCCUCAGCAGCGCCCUGGCGCCCACACGGUCACCACCACCAGCAGCUCCUUCACCGCCAGCUUCUCCCCGGCCGGCGCCAGCACCAGCACCCUCGCCUACGACAGGGAGUUCCUGCGAACCGCGCCCGGCGUCCUCAUGCUGGCCGAGAUCGUGCUAGGGCUGCUGGUAUGGACACUGAUCGCUGGAACAGAGUAUUUCCUGUAUCCUGCCUUCGGCUGGGUGAUGUUUGUAGCCGUAUUUUACUGGGUUCUUACGGUCUUCUUUUUAAUCAUCUACAUGACAAUGACCUACACUAGGAUUCCCCAGGUGCCAUGGACCACGAUGGGUCUGUGCUUUAAUGGAAGUGCCUUUAUUUUGUACCUCAUUGCUGCCAUUGUAGAUGCAUCUUCAGUUACCAAUGAGCAGAACAGCCACAAUUACAACAGCUGGGCAGCUUCUUCAUUCUUCGCCUUUGUGGUUACCUUCUGCUAUGCAGGAAAUGCCUAUUUUAGUUUUAUAUCUUGGAGAUCACGGACCUCACAGUAAAUAUUUUGUUUAA